AUGGGAACAGGAUUGGGAACAUGCCCAGACUGCAAGCCAGCAGACGAUGCCACACGCGGCGUGCCGCCCGUGGAGGUGGUUGCAGAGGCAAAGUCGUGGCAGUCAGAUCCCGUCUCCGGCGUCGCCGAUGGGAACGACGGGCAACGAGUGGGUGAACGUGGGCAUGAGCAUGUAGAGUUGAAGAGGAGAGCGGGUGACUUGGGCCGGUUCCCAUCAGCAGGUGCCUCAGAGGCAUCUGGCCAUCUGGCGCUUGACCAUGAUCUGCUGCGAGGGAUAUCCUUGAAGUCGUCUCUGCAUGACUUCGGCAGGCUCUGGCGGAAGUCACCAUUAGAGCUACCAGACGACACCGCUCGUGCAGCCUUGUGGAAGAGGUCUGCCAAGGUGGAAAGAUUGGACAUUUUCUUGAGCCACACAUGGCAUACCCCGGGAUCGCAAAAGGUCCGGGCACUGCUGGUACAGUCUGGCUGCUACUGCUUUGUCUUGGCCUGGUUCCUGUGUGCCGCACUUUGCAUAGUUCUCGAGGUUUUCGCAGGUAGAGGGCUCUACCAGCGCGACUUGUCAGCAAGACUUGGCGGAUUCUUUGGAUCCAUCCUCGGACUCCUGGCGUCGCCCUACCUGCCACAACUCUGCGGAAGCAAGAUGUGCUUUCUCGAUGUGGUAUGUAUCCAUCAAGCCGACCCGGACUUGAUGAAGCGCGGCAUCUACGGCUUAGGAGGCUUCUUGACCGCCAGCUCAGAGCUGCGAAUUUUGUGGAGCCCGCCGUACCUCUCGAGGCUUUGGUGCGUCUUCGAAUUGGCUGCUUUCCGAAAGGCGAAUCCAUCUGGACGUAUUGUGCUGAAACCUCUCUACUUGGAGGUUGGCCUGCUUUAUGUGAUCCUUGUAAACUAUAUGGGCGUCCUGAUUGAGGAGGGGAGAGUUCGGUUUGCAGGGGACAGAGCCUGGGAUGACUGGUGGAUUCUCGCGCGCGCCGGUGCCACUCUUCCCUAUGUCCUGCUGAUACACGGCCUGCGCCGGCUGUGCCAUGAAAAGCACCUUCUCAUGGAGGAUCUCAGAUGCUUCGAGUUGGCAAAGGUGAGUUGCCGACUGCCAAGCGACAGAGAUUUCAUCUAUACCGGCAUUCGUGAGUGGUAUGGAAGCGAGGAGGCCUUCGAGCGGUAUGUGCAAGGCCCCCUCUGCGAUGAGCUGAUCCGCCCAUUUCGGAGAUCAGACCUGCCGGCUGUGUACUGGCUGAUGGCUAUGACGCCCAUAUUUGCAAACCAAGUGGAUCUUUGGCUGAGCAUCCUUAGGAACACAUCGGCAGUUUCGCCAAGUCUUGAUCUGUACCGGCGACUUUUGGCGCUUGUCGUUGCAGACGCUGUGACACUCAUGAACCUCAUGGUCUUGACCUUCUUACUCUGCUAUUGCUUUGCACGCCCUGCCGCAGGAAUGUGCGAUUGCGGAAAGACUCUGCUGGUUUGGUUUGUGCUCCUCCUGGGUUUCAGUGCAUCCGUUGUGCAGACAAACAUCAUGUCCACCUGGGAAGUGACUGUUGGCAUUUCUGCUGCUCAAGUGGUCGCCGGCGUCUUUCUGAGGUGGGUGGUGCAAAGAUGUGGAUGA